AUGGAAAGCUAUCAAAAUAUCGCAUCCAAAUACAUAUCUUCUAAUGCUGCCGGAGGUAUUGAAGAGUCAAAAGAAUCUCAUCAAGAGGACCCAUUCGGCCUAAAAUCACUGGGGAGUGAAGACCAGACAAAGCCUACCUUGAGGAGCUUCAAAAUUAAGUCAAGUAUUGUCUCAAAGGCGCUGGAGAACUUCUUUACAUACACCCAAUAUUGUCAAAGAUAUGAAGGAGAUAUCCAAGAGCUCCAUCAACAGUGGGGACACCAACUUGUCCAACUUAAGCUUAAGGUCAACAACAUUGAAGAUGAAGGGAGACUCCAAGAACUUGAAGAUUUUGACAAAGAAAUUAAUCUGAUGAAGAAGGAGAUGAGCAACCAAGACAUCUUUGCUAAGUUUAAGGAUGAAUCCUAUUGGAGACUUCUGGAAGAAGAGGUGGUUGCUAACAUUUAAUCUCGAAGAUAAAUCUUCUUCACUGCAACAACGAGUCCAUCCCAAACCCGCUUUGGACAGACUCUCCUUCUCUUCAACAGAAUUCGACUCCUACUAUUGGCUUCAAAAGGGCUGACAGAGGCCUUUUAGAUCAGUUAUUCAGCUCAUACUAUGGAUGAACAGACCAGGAGAUAUGAAUGUCACCAAGGGGCUUGACAAAAGACUUCCUGAUUUAGGAGAAUUAUGGCUUAGGAAUAUUCCUAGUGAGAGUCAAGAGGCAAGGGAUUGUGUUGCCAAGUAUUUCCCCAAAAAAGUACAGCUGUUUAGCUUUAAUUAUGAAUCUGCUCUGGGGAGCAUCGACUUGUAUCACUCUGCCUUGCUGGCUGCUACUUCUUCUGUGACAGAGACUGUUUUUCUUUAUAAUUUCAAGAUCUCCCAGGCCCAGACCAUCGCCCUCCUCGCUGCCUUUCGCAAGGUCACAAUCUUUGGCUUGUGUUCUUGUAUCAUGCACAUUCCCUCUGUGCCUUCCUUCCCUGACUCCAUGGCCAACUCCAACAUUUGGCAAUUAGAUUUCUCCAGUUCAGGAGAUAGAGCCCACGGAGACUGGGGGGAGGAUAGCUCGUGAUUCAGUAACUUGAUGGCUGGGCUCGCACAGGUAGACAUCCUAGGGGAAACUUGGAGUGGGUAGGCAUCCAUGACUGUGGAAUGAAGAAGGAAGAAAUAAAUGCGAUCUUGGAGAACUGUG